AUGACUCAGUCCAACAGAUUGUCCUUUCAUGAAACAGAUGAAGCCGAUAGUCCAAUUGCAACCUAUGUCUUUUCCGAGCAUGGAUCAAAGGGAUCUCAAGGGCGGGUUGACGUGAUGACACCCUUGAUUUCAUCAUGGUCCACCAAGCCUCUUGUGGCUACACUGAGUGAUAUCUUUUUGCCGUCAGGAUUCCCACAAAGUACGGGUUCUCCAUCACUCAAAGCUACAGGAGAUGUCCAACUAUACUCAUCCAUAAUCCGCAGAUAUCAAAUAUUCGAUUCCCUACAAGCAUUCUGCAGCUCCAUCGCUGGUCUUCUCUCCUCGCGAGCCGUAUUGCAAGGAGUCGGCGUGGGUAAUGCCGACGCUUCCCCGACAUCUGCUCUUCUUCUACACAUCCUACAAGACUCAUCCGGCCGCGUCGCAACAAUUCUAUUUGCGCAUCGAGUCGGCACAGCCCUCGAACCAGAAUGCAAGACCUACCGGCUAGCAGCCGAUAUUUUCAAUGAUAUCGCCAUGAUCCUCGACUGUCUUUCGCCCAUGGUCCCUGCCGGUGUCAUGCGAGUAAGUAUCCUCAGCACAGCGGGAGUCUUACGUGCUCUAUGCGGCGUCGCAGGAGGGAGCUCGAAAGCGAGCCUAAGUGCACAUUUCUCUCGAUGGGGCAAUCUAGCAGAGCUCAAUGCCAAAGAUUCCUCCCAGGAGACGGUAAUCUCUCUCCUAGGCAUGCUAGUCGGUUCCGUCGUUGUAUCACACAUAACCGGCUUCAAAACUACCUGGGCUGCACUCCUCAUUCUCCUCGCAGCACAUCUAAGUCUAAACUACGCCGCCGUACGAUCAGUCCAGAUGACAAGUCUAAACCGUCAACGAGCAAAUAUCGUCUUCUCAGCUUUGCUAUCCAAAGAGACUCUUGGCCACAUCCACGACAGCCCCGAAGAUAACGCCCAAUGGACAUUCCCCACACCAGCACAAGUAGCACAGCAAGAACGGAUCUUCCCCAGAGAUGGUGCUCUCGAAUGGAGUGCCCCUCAGCGCCAAUAUCUUGGUACAGCUGAGAUAGGUGUGUCUUUGUCUGCAUUCUUCAAUGCGUCGAGGGCGAGUUCCUUUCAAACACCUAUCCCCAUGAUAAGGCUGCAUGAGGUGUUCGCGGAAGAGCAGUAUAUUCUUUUCCUCUUUCCGCGUAGUAAUGGAGGUCCAGCGAAGACUACCUGGCACGCUUCUAUACUGUUGAGGAAAGGAUGUUCUGUUCGAGCACAGCUGAAAGCUUGGAUGCAUGCACUCUUGGCUGCACGUGUCUUGUCCGAAGGUGAUACCGAGAAUGUUUUGCAGGUUAUAGAGCAGACGCUUGGGUUUUUGAAUGUUGGAGCGAGAUGUGAGCGGUAUCUGGCAGCUUUAGCUACAGAGGGAUGGGUGCUCGAUAUUGGGGCGUUGGAGACGCGUAGUGGACGACGGAUUGCAGCUGAAUAA